CUCCCGCGGUCCCGUUUUCUGGUCGUACAAAAGAGUCUCACUUGUGUUUUGCCAGGAUUUAAGUUGCAAUUGUAUCAUGUUUAGAAAUUUUUCAUAUGGCAUCACAGAUUGGCAGCAAAACCUCAUGUGUUCUGUGCAACGUAAAUGUUGUUGAAGAUUGUAAACAAUUGAUUUUCACUCAUGAUUAUGUAGAAUUAUUUUGGAAAUAGUAGCCUAAGUAGAUUACUGCAGUAAUGAGAAUUACGUACCGGUAAUGUUUAGUCUGAAUGUAAAAUUAAAGGAAUGCUUUGGAAAUAUUACUAUUUUAUUCAAAAAGGUCUAAACAUGCAUGCUUUUGUAUAAGAAAUAUUUUAUAAUUGUGAUACACACCUAACAUAGGUACGGUACUUCUAGUGGGCGUAACAUUGUUUGUUUUCGAUCUCAUACUAUAACUGUUUUGGUAUUUUCUAACUUAAAUUCUUGUUUUUACACGUUUAAAUUGAAAAAAAAAUCUGUUGCUGGUGGCAGUGUGUUGUCUUGGAUUUGUGGAGUUAAUUUUAAUAUUCCAGCUACUUAAAAUUAACUUCUACAAUAGUUUUGGAACACAACACAUUUGUAAGUCUGCUGUUUAUCAGAUGUGAUAGGUUGUAUAAUUGUCACAAUGUCGGCAUUCAAUAGAGUGAUUGUUUUAGUUGACAUGGACUGUUUUUAUGUUCAAGUUGAACAAAGACGAGAUCCAAGUUUAAAAGGGAAGCCUUGUGCUGUUGUGCAAUAUAGAACGUAUCGUGGUGGAGGAAUCAUUGCUGUUGGUUAUGAAGCUCGAGCUGCUGGAGUGACUCGUGGAAUGAUGGGAGAUGAUGCCAAAGAACAAUGCCCUGAAAUUAAUCUCUGUCGAGUGCCAGAAGCAAAUGGAAAAGCAAAUUUAGACAGGUACAGAGAAGCCGGUGCAGAAGUGAUCAAUGUAUUAUCACAGUUUGGCGGUCGAGUAGAACGAGCAAGCAUUGAUGAAGCUUAUAUCGACCUCACAGAUGUCGUUGAUAAAAUAGUUUCUCAAAAAAGAGAGGGAGAGUAUUUGUCUACUCAUAGACUACUCAACACUCAUAUUGUUGGAUGGCCUGUUGAGUAUAAAGAAAAUGAAGAAAAAGAGGCUGCGAGGUUUGGGGGGUUGGAAGAAUGGUUAGGUCUAAUUUCAUCUGAAUCUUCAAUCAAUGAGAAUAUACGAUUGGUGAUAGCCGGGGCCAUCACUGAGGAAAUCAGGGCCGCUGUUUAUCAUCAAACUGGGUUUCGUUGUUCAGCUGGUGUGUCCCAUAAUAAAAUGUUAUCAAAACUUGCAUGUGGUAUUCACAAGCCAAAUAAACAGACUAUUUUACCAAAAGAAUCAAUUACUUCACUUUUCAGUUCGGUAAAAAUUGGAAAAAUUCGAAAUUUAGGUGGCAAACUAGGAAAAUCAUUAAUGGUAAAAUUUGGUAUCAAUUUUAUCGGUGAUGUGGGGCAAAUUCCUAUUCAGAAACUAGUUGAGGAGUUCGGCCAUAAAAAUGCUUAUUGGCUUCAUGAGGUUUGUCAAGGUAUAGACCCUGAACCUGUGAAAGAAAGGCAUGUGGCACAAUCUAUUGGUUGUGGAAGAAAUUUCAAUGGUCCAGAAAUGUUAAACACAAAAGAAAAAGUCAAUAAAUGGCUUGAUGCAUUGCUAGUUGAACUGUCUGAAAGGCUCGAAAAGGAUAAAGCUGCAAACAAUAGAAUAGCAAGAACAUUGACUGUUCAUGUUGGACUAGAAACUGGACAAACCCUGUCUCGAUCGGGACCGUUGUCAAGCUAUGAUCGAAACGAUUUACACCGGCAAUGUCUUCAACUUAUUAGGGCUUUAGAUACAACAUCUUCAAGCGAUAAAAGAUGGCUGCCUGCACUUACCAACUUGAGUGUGAAUGCAAAAAAGUUUGACUCUGUCAUUGGAGGGUCUUCAAUUCUGAAACAUACUUCUAAAAUGAAGCAACCAUCUAUUAUAGAUACUGCGCAAAUACCUACUGAGAAACCUUCAACUUCUGAAUUACAGUCAGUAGUACAAACUGAACCUGAAGAAGUCCAAAAUGUAUUGUUCGCCUCUCAAAAGCAGUGCCUGGAAAAACCUGAAAAUCAAAGUGCUAAAUUGAUUGAAACUGGAAGCCAAAAAAUUGAUAAGUUUUUUAGUGAGAAAUCGAAAGAUAAUUGUAUUUCAAAUAUGAACAGUUCUUUCAACAAGUUGACGCAGAAUUCAUCUCAGUCCACACCCACAAAACGUGAUGACGUUUUCUUUGUUGAUCAGUCGAGCCAGAAACAAAAAUCUAUUUCACCAAAGAAAUCAUUUUUUGAAUCUGUUAAAAAAACUGUACAAAAGAAUGGCACAAUUUGCAAAAUUGAUAAAAUGUUCUUAAAAGAAAAAGAAAAUUUGACAGAGAAAGCUGCAGUUUCAUAUACUCUACCAGAUGGGCCAGUUUUUCAUCCUUUAUUUGGGGAAAUUGACAAAGACGUUUUUCAGCAUCUUCCUUUGGAUAUUCAACAAGAAAUUUCAAAGUCGUAUAAAAUCACAUCUUCUGUUAUUUCAUCCUCACCGCUGACUUCGUCCCAAUAUCAGCAAGGUUCAUCAAAACAUGGUGACAAAGGUCAAAGACUUAUUUCAAAUUUUAUACCUAGUUCUCAAAAUUCUCCUGAAACAUCGUAUAUAUCGCCCCAAACUUUACACAAAAAACGUAAAAGCUCUGGUCCUAGUCCACUUUCUAGCAAAAAGCCUAAAACUAAGUCACCUAAGACAAGAAAAAGUCCUGGUCCUAAACCCAAGAUGCUCAGUUUUUCAUCGAAUACAAAAGAUGACAGUGUUCCUUUAGGAUUUUUCAGACAACGUUCUCAGUUAAAUAAUGCAAUAAGUAAGGCAUUAACAAAAGAACCACGAAAGUUUAACAGUUGAAUUUUGGUUAAAAACAAGAUUUCUCAAUGAAUCAGCAGUGAACACUGAGUCAAACAUCCUGUGAGUGCUAAUUUAUUCAGCAGGAAUAUCUUGAACUAAAUAAAGUUGUGUGCAAAAUUGAGCAGUAAUUAGUAAUGUGAAUGUCAGUAUUCAAUAUCAAUUACCGGUAAUUAAUUAAAAUUUAUUUAAAAUAAAAAAAUGACGAUGUUGUAAGAAAUUUUUGAAUAUUUGAAAGUAUGAAUGCAUGCUUAUUUCCCAGAAAAUGUUGUAUUUAAAAAAAAGUGGUGGGCUGUGCUGUGGCGCAGCCAGGAGCGGUUUCAGGUCGAACCACCCUUUCAAAAUUUUUGGGCAGUACAAAACCGUCAUAAAUAAGGUGUAUGAUUCGCUUAAAGCUAAUUUUGUUAAAAUUGCCAAAACAGCUAAUGUAGCAUCGUUAGGAUUAAUAAAACAAUUCAGACAUAAGUCUGUUAAUGAUAGACUUCGUAUUCUAGCUAUAUCCACAAAUAAUAUUACAUCUUUUAAUAUUUACUGCCAUGUAUCUCAUCAACGUCAUUAUAUGCCAAUGUGUUAUCUUUAUUUUUUUUUAACUUGAAUGCAAACAUUUUUGCAGUUGUAUUGCCUCAAACUUAUCAAAUGCUGUCUUUGCUGCUUGACUGCCUUUUGCCUAAUUUUGUGUUAUUUUCGUAUUUGUAUUACUAUUUGUUGAUUUUUUAAAUAGUUUAUAUUACUGUAUUGAAGUUAUAUUUUUCAUUUUUUUUUAUAUUA